AUGUCGUCUCCAAAAACCCAUACUAAGGCUUCCUCCUCUCUUCCUCCUGCUUACAUUUCUGGGGCUGGUGUUGACAAGCAUGCAAUUGAAGUCCGGAGCAAGCUUCACCCUUUUGCCCAAAAGAAUCUGGAUGAAAAUGUCCUUCACCCCUUUGAAAACACCUUGGUUCUAGGCCCUCAUUGGUUUGGUUCUGUCCCUACUAAAAUGGCAGAACUGUUUAAAGAGGAUGCUAAAGCUCCUCUAUGUUUUGAGAGCUCUUCUACCCUAGCUUCUCAUACUUGGGUCAACAAGAAUAUAAGCCGCUCAUUUCCCUCCAGUGAAAGGGCUGGAAUUUAUGACGCAAUCCUUCUGUCCAAGCAGUCUAUCAAUAGAGAUGAAAAUCUUCUGGCUGCUGCCCUCUGCUUCUUCUGGAAUUCUGCCAGCAACACGUUUGACUUUCGUGUUGGCAAUAUGGCUCCAACUCUGCUGGAUAUGGCUCAGAUUUUUGGCUUCAGACCCCAUGGAAGACCUGUGGAUGCAGUUGGUGACUAUCACGGGAGAAAGAACCAAGAAAAACUAGCCAAGCCUUUCACUAUUUCUCCAGCCACAAUUAACCAGAACUGCUCCUUAUCUAAUUACUUGAGGAAGUUCAGCGCUAAAAACGAAAAGGAUCAGCAUCAUAUGUUAUUCCUUCUGUACUAG